AACAUUGCCGCACCUUGGCCAUCAACACUCCUAAGUUAGGCCGUUGCACAUGAAGAUCUCCACAAAGAUGGCGCAGCAACUGAAGACUGCCCAGAAGCCGAAUUAAGUCAAUCUUGCGCUGGAUGACUGCGAGUAUUUAGCAAUGGAAACACACAUUAUAAUCGACAUUGCAUAUCAUUCUGUACAUUCCAGCGGCUCAUUCUGCAUCUCCCCUUCAAUCUAGCCAUCAAUUGCUCACUCUAUUCGGACACAUACAAAAGAUUGAUACAUCCAUAUUCACUAACAACAUGUCUACAACUACCAUCCGCAAAUCCUACAUUGAAAGCUUCGGCGACCCAUCCCACGUCUCCAUCAUCACAACUGAGCUUCCAUCACCAGCAGCCAGCGAAGUCCAACUCAAAGUCCUCUACUCCGGCUUCGGUGGUUCAGACAUUGCCAUGCGACUCGGCGGCUACCCGAAUCAGAAGCCAGCACCUCUGACUACCGGCUAUAGCUGCAUUGGCCUCAUCGCUCAGAACGGCGCUAAGAACCCCAAUUUUCCCAUCGGAACUCUCGUAGGUUGUCUCUGCGUCUACGAAGGACAAUCCACGUACAUCAACCUGCCCGAGAAACACCUAAUCCCAAUCCCGAGCGACAUCGACCUGCAACAAGCCGUGGCCCUGAUACUAGACUGGACCACCGCAUACGGCAUGGUAUAUCGGUCCGGAAAAGUAACGAAGGGCCAACGCGUCUUCAUUCACGGUCUCAGCGGCUCAGUCGGCUACGCACUACUCACGCUAUGUAAACGUCUCGGCGCAGAAGUCUACGGCACAGCAUCGGAGUACAAUCACGCCGCUGUGCGUACCGCUGGCGCUCAUCCAUUCGUGUACACGAACAAGGACUGGAUAAUGGCUAUGAACGCUAUUGGUGGCGCACAUGUCGUGUUUGAUCCGUUGGGUUUCGAGUCGUAUGAUGAGAGCUGGGACAUCCUGGCCCGUGGCGGUGGGAAGGUGAUUGGGUAUGGAGGGAAUUACAACGCGCUGAAUGGUGGGAAGAUGAGAAGUCCGUGGCCGUAUGUUGCGAAGCUGUUGGCUAAGAAUGCGAAUGUAUUCUGUCCGAAGAGCACGGCAUUCUUCUAUGUGGACAGAGAUCAAAGGACCUUUCAGCCGGAGCUGAAGGCGUUACUAGAGAUGCUGAGGAAGGGAGAGAUCGAGGUACCGAUUAGGAAGCUUUGGACUCUGGAUGAGGUGCCAGAGGCGCAUUGCAUGUUCAACAAAGGGCCUGGUGUUGGCGCUGUGGUGAUAAGAGUGGCUGAUGACGACAUGUGAGCAGAACUGACCGCCCUUUGUUCCUCUUCGUUAUUUGGUACUUGGUGUUUCUGGCGAAUAUCUGAAAAGGUUUCUGGAG